CUAACCCAUAAUAUGUCGGGCGAGACAUGACUUUUAAUUGAAGGGGACUCAACGUUCUCCAUUGAAGCGGACUCCUACUCUCAGUUAUUUCAUUGAAGCGGACUCAACGUUCUCCAUUGAAGCGUAGUUGACGUUCUCCGAUGAAUCUAAGUAUUCCCACUGAAGCAGCUUCUAAGUCCAAGAAGAGAGGUCUUUCACUCGAAGAAAAGCGUGAGAAAAUGCUUCAGAUAUUUUAUGACUCACAAGAUUUCUUCCUUCUUAAGGAACUUGAAAAGGUGGGGCCAAAAAAAGGUGUCAUCAGUCAAUCAGUGAAAGAUGUUAUCCAAAGUCUUGUGGAUGAUGACCUUGUCUUGAAGGACAAGAUUGGAAGUUCUAUUUACUUUUGGAGUCUUCCUAGCACUGCUGGGAAUCAGCUUAGGAAUGUGUCUCGUAAACUAGAAUCUGAUCUUCAUGCCAGCAAGAAACGCUAUGCUGAAUUGGUGGAACAAUGCGCUGCCCUGAAGAAAGGACGCGAAGAAUCUGAUGAGAGAGAGGAGGCUUUAAGCGAGUUAAAAUCUGUUGAGCUGAAGCACAAUGAACUGAAGGAGGAACUGGCCCAAUAUGCAGAUAAUGAUCCUGCUGCUUUUGAGACAAUGAAAAAGGCUAUAGAAGUUUCAUAUUCAGCUGCCAACAGAUGGACAGACAAUAUAUUCACGUUGCGGCAAUGGUGUGCAAACAAUUUUCCACAGGCUAGAGAACAACUUGAACACAUGUACCAGGAGUUUUCCUUUGUGCUGCAGGCUGGAAUAACAGAUGAUUUUGACUAUAUAGAGUUACCAAAUCCUUCUUCACUCGGAGCUCCAGAUAACUAGUUAGAAGACUGGAAAGCAUCAUUUGUGCUGGUGGCUAGACGAGGAAUUUUCCUUGAAGAACCGGACUGAAUGUAAUGUGUAUCUGCUUGUGUUUGAGGUUGAACAAUUUGCUGUAAAAACUGCUCAACUCUAUCCAUUCCCCUAGAACUAGCAAAGUUUUUUAGCUUAUAGUCUUUGUCAAUGUUAUUUGACAUACAUAUUGACAAACGUACAUAUUUCUCUUGUAAUGUCAUAUAUUAGGUUAUUAUUGUCAGAUAUAUUGGACUCACCGCGAGUCUGACUCA